AUGGCAACGGGAAGUCUACCACCGCCUCUCCCAACAGUUUUGAACAUGACAUUAUCAGCGCAAAACGCAACCCCUGUACAACCAACCGCUCACAACACAGCGGCAACGGGUAACAUUACAACGCCGCAUCCUCAAACUUUGAAUGCAACAUCAUUCCAACAAGUCACAACGCCGUUUACCAAUGCAACAUCACCCCCUGAGACCAACACGACAGCGUUACCAGUGGUUCCAACCGCACGGCCAGUGAACGUCACCGGCGGCGUACAAAACGUCACGAUGCGUCAUAACGUAACCAACACGACAGGGUUACCCGUGGUGCCAACCGCACGACCAGUGAACGUCACAAUACGUCAGAACGUAACCAACACCACAGCGUUACCGGUGGUCCCAACCGCACGACCUGUGAACGUCACCGGUGGCGUACAAAACGUCACGAUGCGUUACAACGUAGCCAACGCGACAGCAUUACCCGUGGUGCCAACCGCACGACCAGUGAACGUCACUGACGUCGUGAACGUCACUAUGCGUCACAACGUCACGAUUGUCUCCACACUAGUCAUGACUGGCAUCAACGCGACCAGAAGACUGAGUAACGCCACACAGACCCCACACUCACCGACAAUGGGAAUGGCCAUUCCAACAGGUCCUGCUAUGAACCAGACGAGAAUCAUGCCAACGGGCCACAUCGUAACAAUGGCUGUCAAUCGAACUUCAUCAAACACGACCUUCGCUGUAACACAGCGCCCUACACCGGCUGUUACACAGCCUCCACCAACCACCAACCCACCGACUACCGUCGGAGCCUUCCCAGCAUGCGCCAGGACAUGUCACCGCUACGCCUCCUGUAUCGCAGGGGGUUCUGGGAAGAGUUGCGUCUGCAAUGCGGGUUACAGCGGCAAUGGGACGACAUGCACACUGGGUACGUCACCGUUACCAUAG